GAAACUCUGCGAGCCAGCGAGUUCAGCUCGUUAGACAUGCUGUUUGAUUGAGGGGCAACCGAAGCGUGACAAGUUGGAGCCGUUUAUGGUUACUUAUUCCUUCUCCUCCUACUACUUGCUAUCUGUUUGCCAGGGAAAUUCGCUGGGUUACGAGAUUCGGAAAGGCUCUCUAGUACCCGCGACGUCCACGGACCGAAUCGAAUCUCCACAAGUUUCGGGUAUCUGGAAAUCUAAAACCAUAGAUUACACGGCACCUGUCGUAGCAUGCCUACCCCUGCCGAUGCGAGCACGCCAUCAUGGACUCCUCUGAUUUGACCCAAUCCACCACCAAAAGCGUCAGCUCCUCCUCUCCCACGCAUCGAUCUUCGUCCCCCCGUUCUUCUAAGAGUCAUCCGGGACGCAUGUCUACCUUAAAUGAGCGGGAUCAACCCAAUGUGGCGCCUGACCAGGACCAGCCACCGCCAUUCAAUGAAAUCACUCCGAUCGUGAGCAACGGCUCCGAUAGACGAAACUAUCAUUCCACAGAGGGGCUGAGGAAUCGAGAUGCUGGGUUCGGAGACAGCCAGCCGAAACGCUCUGGCCAACGGGACACAAGGGAAGCCGACCAGCAAAACCCACCGUCCGAUUCGGCAGAACCCCAUGUAUCGUGGUUCAGUCGAAUCGCCGAUAGAUACGGCAGUCUGGAGCUAGAGAAUAAGGGGAGUGUGGCUCGCGAUCAUCUGGCAUUAGAGCGAACAUUCCUCGCAUGGCUCAGGACAUCGUUAGCGUUUGCAUCUAUCGGAAUCGCCAUAACGCAACUCUUCCGUCUGAACAGUUCAAGCUCAAGCACAUCGGGCGGCGACUACGCGUCGCAAGCCCUUCCCCCAUUGUUAUCACCACCGUUUUAUGACCCCACAGCCAUGAAGGUGACUGCCACUUCCGAGCGUCUUCGGAGUAUCGGUAAACCUCUCGGAACAACCUUCAUUGGUGUUGCUAUUGUUAUUCUGCUGAUUGGAUUCCAUCGCUACUUUGAAAGCCAGUACUGGAUCAUUAGAGGGAAGUUUCCCGCUAGUCGCGGCAGUAUAGCGAUAAUUGCGUUUGUAGCCGCUGCUUUGAUCAUAGCCGCUUUAGUCGUCAUAUUAGCCAUCUCACCAGGCUCUGUUGAAGCUUAGUUUUGGCGACGCAGGCGCUGCUAGUCUUUACCUUCUUUGACCAGCCCUCGAUUACUUCUCAAUAUCUCGGCUCUUGUUCUGGUGUAACUGGAGGGUCUUAGCAAGACUACUGUGAUCGAAGUUUGUAGCUCACCAAGGCAGUCUCAUGUAGAUACGUGUAUUAGUGAAUAUAUAAUAUAAAGUGGCUAUGCGCGUGUGAAAGACAUACU